AAUUAAUACAGGAAAAAUAAUAGAAAAGCUGUUUUUUUCUAAAAGUUUCAGAGUCAAACUUUUACAGCCAACAUGGACCUACUGCCGGCUCAGGAGGCUGCUAAAAUCUACCACACUAACUAUGUGAGAAACUCGCGCGCCAUCGGCACCAUGUGGGCCGUGUUCACCAUCUGCUUCGUCAUCAUCACCGUGGUGGUCUUCAUCCAGCCUUUCUGGAUCGGGGACAGCGUCAACACCCCGCAGGCCGGCUACUUUGGCCUCUUCCAUUAUUGCAUCGGGAACGCGCUCACUUCGGAGCUCAUAUGUAAAGGCAGCGUGUUUGACUUCAACUCCAUCCCCUCUCCGGCCUUCAGAACCGCUAUGUUCUUCGUGGGGACCUCCAUGCUGCUGAUCGUGGGCACCAUGGUCUGCUUCAGUCUAUUCUUCUUCUGCAACGCCGGGAACGUGUACAGGAUCUGCGCCUGGAUGCAGCUGGCCUCAGCUGCGUUGAUGGUGAUGGGCUGCAUGAUCUAUCCAGACGGCUGGGAUGCCCCAGAGGUGAAGAGGAUGUGUGGCCAGAGGACAGAUAAGUACAGCCUGGGGAACUGCACUGUGCGCUGGGCCUACAUCCUGGCCAUCAUCAGCAUCUUGGAUGCACUUCUCCUGGCCUUCUUGUCCUUCACCCUGGGCAACCGGCAGGACAAACUGCUGCCAGAUGACUUUGAAGUAGAGGGAGGCGGUGAGGGUUAAUACAAACAU